AUGGCUUCGUCCAGCUUCAACGAUGCCGCUCUGGCCAAGUUGACGGCCAAGAUUGACAGCAAGCUCUCGAAUGGAAGCGCCAAGUCGCAGCAGGACAAGCGACAACCCGCCUCGCCAAGCAGUAAGCCCGUCACAAACGGAGCCCGCUCGAUCGACAAGAAACGGAAGCAGUCCACGGACCAUAAUUCAGACCGAAAAUUUUCCUCCAGCAAGCGAUCCCGUCGUGUCAGCCAGUCUGAUCAGAGAGCCCCCAUUGGGGCUCAAAAUGACCGUCCUGGCCCGGCUUCCUCGAGACGCCAGAAACACCAUGGCGCACCUGCUUCAGACAAGCCUGCUCCCGGCGACAAGAAUGUGCUCCUCGAGGAGAUCAUAGCUCUCGGAGGAAACGAGGAAGAUCUAGAUUUGGUCGGAGACGCCGACUCUGACGACGAAGGCGCAUUGGUUUCUGUGAGCAAUGCCGACAAAGAUCUUCGUGCUGAAUUGGCACAAUUUGCCGCGGCGCUCGGAUUUGAUAAAAUCGCGCCUACCAAUGACGAAGAUGAGGACGAGGAAUUUGUGGAGGGGGGAAAGGAGACUGAGACCACAAAUCCGGAACAAGACCAAUACUCCGACGAAUCGAGCAAUGGGGCUGACGACGUUGAGGAUAAAAGCCAAGUGGACUCUAGCGAUGAAGAUGAAGACCACGUAGUCGGCGGAGCACCUGUGGUGACAGGUCAAUCGACGGCGGAGGCAACCCGUACCAUCCAGCCAGCCAAGGCGCCCAAGGGCAAGACGAUCUUUGAACAACGCCCAGACUGGCACUCUGCUCCGCUUCCGGCACUACCCUCCGCCACAAGCUCGGAUGUCACAGCUUAUGCUGCUACAAUCGCCAACCUGAAGACCUAUGCUGUCAGCCUCUUGCAGCAAGACACAGCCACUUACAACAAGAGUCAAUCGGCGUCAUCGAAUCACAAAUUCAUGUCGACAAUCAUGACAUCUGGUACCAUGUCAGACAAGGUUUCUGCUCUGACGCUUGCAGCCCAAGAAUCACCUCUUCACAACAUCAAAACCCUGGAAAACUUGCUUGCUUUGGCCUGUAAGCGCAAUCGUGGUCAGGCUCUUGCUGCUCUGGCAGCUAUGGUCGAUCUACUCGGCCCAGGAAUGAUGCUGCCAUCGGACCGACGUCUGUAUGCCUUCUCAUCACAGCCGGGCCUCUUGGGCGUUCUUCACAAGAAGCAGUUGAAGAUUUGGUCUGCAGGUCAGCCUCUACCUGGCAACAUUACCCAACAGCAUCUGAUAUCCUGGGCAUUCGAGGAUUGGCUGAAGGAGUCAUACUUCAAGUUGAUUCAGGCACUGGAGGUCUGGUGUGACGACGAGAUAGACUACUCUCGUACAAAGGCCGUAGACAUGGUUUACGCUCUUCUCAAGGACAAGCCUGAGCAGGAAUCCAACUUGCUCAGACUGCUGGUCAACAAGCUAGGUGAUCGUGAACGAAAGAUAUCGUCCCGGGCUUCCUACCUGCUGUUGCAAUUGCUCAACAUCCACCCAGCAAUGAAAGCUAUUGUCAUUCGCUCCAUCGAGCAGGACAUAAUCUUCCGCCAGGGACAGGAUAUGCGAGCGAAAUACACGGCCAUCAAUACUCUGAACCAGACAAUCCUGAGCAGCAAAGAACCUGGAAUAGCGGACUCUCUGCUAAAGAUCUAUUUUGGUCUGUUCGUGUCCUUGCUCAAGACGGGAGCUUUGAGUCAGCUAGAUGGUGAGGCUCAGGCCACCCCGAAAGCCAAGUCCAAUAAACGUCGCCGUGGGCCUCCACCACCCAAGCGGGAUAAGCAAGUUGAUGCCCAAACAGCUGCUGCUCAAGAUGCCGCCUCGAAACUCGUUUCCGCGAUAUUGACAGGCGUGAACCGCGCCGUUCCGUUCUCAGAGGCCGACUCAUCCACUCUUGAGUCUCACCUUGAUACUCUCUUCCGCAUUACCCAUUCCUCCAACUUCAACACCAGCAUCCAGGCUCUAAUGCUUGUACAACAACUGUCGGCGAGUCGGCACCUUGCCACGGAACGGUUCUACAGAACCUUGUACGAGUCGCUCUUGGAUCCUCGCCUCAUUUCGUCUUCGAAACAGGCCUUGUUUCUCAAUCUGCUGUAUCGCAGUCUUAAGGCCGAUGUUGACGUUCGCCGUGUCAAGGCCUUUGUCAAAAGGAUGCUGCAGGUUCUCAACCUGCAUCAGCCGUCGUUCGUUUGUGGCGUACUGUACCUCAUAAUCGAGCUCUGCGUCAGCUUCCCUGACCUGAAGACUCUUCUAAACGAGCCAGAGGAGCACGAUCUUGGCUUAGCGUCAGACGAAACCACAAUAUCAAGCGGUCCCGUUGUGGACGAUGGUUUGGAUGAGAUGAGAGUCAGACCAGAGACCAUGUAUGACGGACGCAAACGGGACCCGGAAUACAGCAAUGCGCACCGCAGCUGCUUGUGGGAGUUGUUACCAUUUCUUCGGCAUUUCCAUCCCUCGGUUGAUGUGUAUGCGACAGACUUACUCCAGGGCCAACAGACGACACGAAAGCCCGAGUUGGCAAGUCACAGCCUCAUCGCAUUUCUGGACAAGUUUGUUUAUCGCAAUGCAAAGGCAGGGGACAAUGCCAGGGGCGCCUCUAUCAUGCAGCCUAUCCACAUGGGCUCAAGCAAGGCGCAGGCUGGAGCAGGCACCUCUCUCAAUACAGCUGCUUUCUGGAACAAACGUACUGAGGAUGUUGCCGUGGAGGACGUAUUCUUCCACGAAUAUUUUACCAAGGUGGGUAAGGCAGGUCAGGACGGCGACAAAAAGAAGAAGAGAAAGGCCACAGAAGCAGAUGGUGCAUCUGUGGACGACGAGGGCUCGGAAGCUGGCGAAGAUGAGAUCUGGCAAGCUCUUGUCAACUCUCGGCCAGACGUGGAGGGUGACGAUGAUUCCGAAGCCGAGAGUGAUGCUGAGUUCAAUGAUCUCAUGGGGCUUGACGAUUCGGAUGAGGAUAUGGGCGACGCAGCGGAAGCUGAAGACAUGUCAGAUGUCGAAGCUGGUGAAUCCGACGGGCUCGAAGGUCUUCUGGACGACGAAGACGGGGACGAAGAUGAGGACGAUGCUGGGUCUGACGAGGACGAAGAAGACGAUGCUCGGAGAGUCUCGGAGCCAGAAGCUGGCCAGUCAAAGAAGCCAGAGUCGGCACACAAAGCCCGCCGGCGGGCACUCAAGAACCUGCCCAUGUUUGCAUCUGUCGAUGACUACGCAGACAUGCUGGCCCAGGAGGAGGACGGGCUCUAG